UUCGAUUCGUUCACUAGUUCUCUCUUGUCAGUCAGCCAUGCCAAUUUGAUGCCAAUGUAAAAUGGACCCAGAUAAAGGGCUUUGAAUUAAAACAAUCGUGAUAGUUUUCUUCUUGUUUUUUACAUAUAAGUUUAUAUAAUAUUCAAAAUGAGUGUUUUUAAAUCUGCCAUGGGCUACUUCAGUUCAGGAGGUGCCAAUGGAAGCAAUGAUAAUGAUUUCAUUGGUCAAUUUGUAGAAAUUGGCAAUAUGAAAUUAAGAGUAAAGAAGGUGAUUGCAGAGGGUGGAUUUGCAUUUGUAUUUGUUGCUCAAGAUGUAUCCACUGGUACUGAGUAUGCUCUUAAGAGGCUUAUGGCUGCUGAUGAACAAGCAAACAGGAAUAUAAUACAAGAAAUUAGCAUAUUAAAAAAAUUAUCUGGACAUCCAAAUAUAAUUAAGUAUAUAGCAGCUUCCUUCAUUGAUAAAUCUAAGACUACCCAUGGGAUGGGAGAGUAUUUGUUGCUGACAGACCUCUGCAGUGGUGGAAGUUUAAUGGAGGCUUUACAGAAUAGGGGUCAGGCUUUCCCACUGCAGACUAUAUUGAGGGUUUUCUAUCAAACUUGUCGUGCAGUACAACAUAUGCAUGCUCAAAUACCUCCUAUAGCUCAUCGUGAUCUCAAACUAGAGAAUUUCCUAAUAUCAAAUGAAGGUACAAUAAAAUUAUGUGAUUUUGGUUCAGCAACAACUGAUAUUUAUACUCCUAAUCCAUCUUGGAGUGCCAAUCAAAGAAACAUGUUAGAAGAAAAUUUAGCCCAAUUCACUACCCCAAUGUAUAGAGCUCCGGAGAUGUUAGACACGUGGGAUAAUCGUAAAAUAGACCAUUCAGUGGACAUUUGGGCAUUGGGGUGCAUAAUAUACACCCUGUGUUUCAUGCAGCAUCCUUUCGAAGAUUCUGCCAAAUUGGCUAUUUUAAAUGGAAACUACAACUUGAACCCCAAUGAUCAACGUUAUAAAUGUUUUCAUGACAUAAUAACUGGAUGCCUAACAGUGAAUCCGGAGGAGCGGUUAACCAUAAACAGUGUGCUGGAGCGAUUGGCGGCGAUAGCAGAGUCGAACAAUGUCAAUCUCAAGCAACCACUCAAAUUUGAGCGUAAAAAAGUUGAACAAUCUGUGGCCACUAGCUCGCCAGGUGUUUUCAACUUUUUCGGGUGCCCAAUAGUUUUCUCGUUUAAAUGACCCGGCGCACUAGCAUGGCCGACCGCAUUCACGCCCCCUACGCUUGCUCUAUACAUAAUGGACAUGCUCGCAAUGAUGAGUAUAGAUUUUAUUUACUAAUGUUUAAAACGCACUGUAUUAUAUUGUUAUUAUUUAUUUAACAUUAACAAUUUUUAUGAUUUGUUAUCUGAUUUGCCUUGGUGUGAUUUUUACUAACACAAAAGAAGACCAGUUAGCAUUUUUUUUAACUGAAUACAGGGUGUCCGUUUAAAUGUAAUAUUCGAAUUAGAAAAAAUAAGACAAUAAUUAUUAUACUGUUUGGUUUCCACGUGUAAUUUAAAAAAAAAAAACAAAAUAUAGUCUUUUUUUAAAUGCGCAUUUAUUUUUAUGUAAUUAAAACUCAAAAAUUUAAAUGCACUGUUAUGAAACUUAUAUCUCAAUGCUUGGACAUUCCUAUAAAGUAUCAAUAUAAAAAAGACUUCUAGAACUAGCACUAUAAAAAGGUAUACUCAUUACUUAAAGUAAUGAAUCGAAGGA